GAUGGCGUUCAUCUGUUCUGUCAUCUGGAUCAUCGAAGAAUUUGUCAACAAAAGAUGGUUUGUUUAUUGAAAAGGCUUUGCAGAAGUAAAGUUGUAAGUGUCCAAACGUAUAAAGUUGAAUAUAAAUAUGAACAGAAGGCCGAAAUAGGUGACAAGUCCAACUGAAUAUUUGCGUCCCUCUCAGUGCCUUUCUGUUUUCCAAACAAGCUUCCCUGAAUUAAAACAAAAUGAUGGGUGAUAAUAUACUUGGAACAUGUUUCGCAAUGUGCCCUGACAAGGAGCGAUACAUGCGAGAAAAGGAAGGUUUAUUGCACGUGUUUGAAAUAGACGAAAGGACAAAAAAUACAAAAAGGCCGAAAGCAGACCCUGCAAAAACUAUAAAAGAAUUUAGUAGACCUGCUGCUGGGCGUCAAAUGACAGAUCUUAGCGAAUUGAGACCUGGGCCAGUAUUAUUACUCACCAUUAGAUAUUUAUUUACAAAAGUUGCUACCAGGACGGAUUACGACUGGUCUUUCAUAUACGCUUUUAUUUUUGAUCGGUUGCGAGCUAUAAGGCAGGACACCGUAAUUCAAAGAAUUGACCCAAUUGGUUCGAUUCAAAUUCUAGAAUUAAUUGUUCGAUUUCAUGUUUACGGAGCACAAAGACUUUGUACGCAUCCUAUAUCAAGUUUUGACCCAAAAAUGAACACCCAACAUUUAUUAGAAUGCCUGAAACAUCUACUCGUUUGUUAUGAUGAGUGCAGUCGAACCAAAACAGAUGAUUUGGACAUCGAUGUCGGAAUUAGAAAUUUGUAUUUGGGUGAUAGUCGACCACAGAUGGAAGCAAUUUAUAUUUUACUAAACCUUGGAGAUGUACAUGCCCUAACUAGAGGCUUACAGUUGCCAGAAAAAUAUCGGAAAUCGAAAGACGUAAAGCUAGCUAUGAAAAUAUCAUGCGCCUGGUACUUGAAAAAUUACGUCCGUACCUGUCGAUUAAUCAAUCAACUUCCGCCUUUAUUGAUGUAUGCAGCGUUGUGCAAUCUCAGAAACAUAAAAAGGGAUUCCUUAGAAAUAAUGAGCACGGGAUUUAGCAGCAAAGUGUUUACAUUUCCUGGACUUAAAUUACAAGAACUCCUACUUUAUCGUGAUAUUGAUAAAGUCAAAGCUGAUUGUAAGCUUUAUGGUUUAAUUUUCACGAAUGGAAAUGUACAAUUUGAGAAAGCAAGGUUUAAAAAUUCUGACCAACUGGCUCAUCCAGAAAUGUCCUUUAAUCAGAAAAAAGUUCAUAAACUGCUACCGGACAUUUUAUUAGGACACGUAAACUAGAAAAUUUUAUAAGUGUUUUAUACCUAGGAAAUUGAGUUGUGAGUUUUUAUAGUUGCGGAAUACGACAAAAUCGUGGUAUGUACUACAUGUAAGUGUAAUUUCAAUUUCUUUUGUUAAAUUGAUUAUAAUACUGUGCAGUAUUAUGAUUUAAAAAAAAUUGGUUUCUAUUUAAACCAAGUUUGCAAUAUAAAAUUAGAGCAACUGACCAGAAGUUAACAGGAUGAGAAGAAUGAUUUCACUCUUCGAAUUUUUAAUCUAUUAUUUAUUUUCUCCAGAAGGAGUUUCCAGAAACUUAUGCGAUAGUAGUAAAAAAAAUGCUCAGCGCAAUAUUUAUGGCAAUAUUUGACUGACAUUUACCUGGUCCAAAUAUUUUUUAUUUUAUUCCGGAUCUUUAUUUGGAUAAAUAUUAUAAUUUUUAUGUUUGUCUGAGUGAUCUAAUAAUUAAUACAAUGAGUGACAUGAGUUAAAAUGACAUACUUCAGAUCAUAGGAUUUGGUUGUUGAAUGAAUCCUUUAUUCCCAUUCUUCGACGUUUUGAAAACUGUAGGUUUUCCUCAUCAGGCCAGAGUCCUUAACAUAAAAAGUUCCACAUCAUAUCAAAGUUGAGUAAUUAACAAGAUUUAUAAACAGUAGUAAUGAUGAAAAAUGUUUCUUUAUAUUUAUUGUUUAUAAAUAUUUUUAAUAAUUUCUAAUCGAAUCUCAGAAACUACACGCAAUUAAAUGUAUUCAUCUAAUCAAUCUGAAAUGAAGAUAACUCAAGGAAUAUUUGAGAAAAGGAUAAUUAGGAUUCAUAAUUAUUACUUGAUUGGAACCUUUUCUUCAGGUUCCCUUUUUAUAUCGGCUAUUGGGAAUGGUGGUCUACCAUUUCGCCACCUGGCGUUGAAAUCUGGAACUAGAAAGAGUA